CCAUCGUCACCACAUACGUCAUCAAGACAGGCCUCGAUACGCGCUUCACAAAAAAUCUUCCUGGGUCACUCCACACACGCUUCAAAACCUCGACACAACACUAGUUGCAGCGUCAUUGGGUUUGAAUGAAGCUCAGACCGAGAAUUAGCCAAACACUCCAUUCGCGCCCCGGUGGAUCGAAACAGGGACAAACCAAACAAGGAGCCGAGGAAGUAAAACGUUGCCAAACAUGCCGGUGUUUACAGUCAAUGUGAAAUGGGGCAAAGAGAAGUUUGACGCAGUCGAGCUGAACACCGAGGAGCCUCCCAUGGUGUUCAAGGCGCAGCUCUUCGCCCUGACAGGAGUCCAGCCAGACAGACAGAAGGUCAUGGUGAAGGGAGGCACCCUGAAGGAUGACGAGUGGGGAAACAUCAAACUUAAAAGUGGAAUGACUCUGCUGAUGAUGGGCUCAGCAGAGGCUCUGCCUGAGGAGCCUGCUGUCAGGCCCAUGUUUGUGGAGGACAUGACUGAGGAGCAGCUGGCCUCCGCGAUGGAGCUGCCUUGUGGGCUGACGAACUUGGGCAACACCUGUUACAUGAACGCCACCGUGCAGUGUUUGCGUUCUGUGCCGGAGCUGAAAACCGCCCUCAGAAGGUACUCAGGUGCUCUGCGAUCCUCAGGGGCAAAUGCACCAUCACAGUAUAUCACAGCAGCCCUUCGUGACUUGUAUGAGACCAUGGAGAAGACCUCCUCCAGCCUCCCGCCUAUAAUUUUGCUGCAGUUCCUUCAUAUGGCCUUUCCACAGUUUGCUGAGAAGGGGGACCAGGGACAGUACCUCCAGCAGGAUGCAAACGAGUGCUGGCUGCAGAUGAUGAGAGUGCUUCAGCAGAAGUUGGAGCCACUAGAGCCCGAGACUUCCAUGGAGACUGACACGGAGAGCGGAGCCGUUUCCGCCACUACGAAGAAGAACUUCAUCGACCAGUAUUUUGGCGUAGAAUUUGAGACUUCCAUGAAAUGUACAGAGGCUGAGGAGGAGGAGCCGAUUAAGGGCAAAGAAAAUCAGCUCCAGCUCAGUUGCUUCAUCAAUCAGGAGGUUAAAUACCUGGCAACCGGACUCAGGCUGAGACUGCAGGAAGAAAUCACAAAAAUGUCUCCAUCCUUGGGAAGAAAUGCCCUGUAUAUAAAAUCUUCAAAACUCAGCCGCCUCCCUGCCUACUUGACUGUUCAGAUGGUCCGAUUUUACUACAAAGAGAAAGAGUCUGUCAACGCAAAAGUCCUCAAGGACGUCAAGUUCCCACUGAUGCUGGAUGUGUAUGAGCUGUGCACUGCGGAGGUCCAGGAGAAGAUGCUGCCAAUCAGGUCAAAGUUCAAGGAAGUUGAGGACAAGAAGUUAGAGCAACAGCAAAAGGUGGUGAAGAAGGUGGAUAAAGUAAAGGAAGUGAAGUACGACCCCUUCUCGUUCACUGACGACCUUGGGUCCAACAACAGCGGCUACUACGACCUGCAGGGUGUGCUCACACACCAAGGCCGCUCCAGCUCAUCAGGUCACUACUUGGGAUGGGUCAAAAGGAAAGAAGAUGAGUGGGUGAAGUUCGAUGACGACAAGGUGAGCGUGGUGUCUCCGGAUGACAUCCUGCGACUGUCUGGAGGCGGGGACUGGCAUAUAGCAUAUGUUCUACUGUACGGGCCCCGGCGGCUGGAAAUACUUGAAGAGGAUCAGUAGCUGUGGAAGAUUUUUCCUAGAAGACAAAGACGACAUCCAACAAACACACACACACACACAAAUUGCCAUUUUCACGCACUGUCUGCAUAGAUGUGCAAUAAAACUGGUGUCUUUAAAGAUAUGUUAAUUUUUUCUUUCUCUUUUUUGUAACCAACACAGAUGCUUGUAAAACAAAUUCUGUUAACUGGUGUUAAAUAUUCAACCAUGGCGAGCUAUGACAGUGGAUUGACGAGAGCCAAUCCCUGGCCUGGAUCCUUGAAAGAGGUUUUGAAGUCGAGCUCUGCAGUUUCAUUAAAUGUUUUAUACACAUUGUAUAUUUUUUAAAGCCUUUGAUGAGGUGCUCAUGUCAUAAUGCAAAAAUAUUGUCUUUAGUCAUUUAAUCAACGUGUACAAAAAAAAGGAAAUGCCUCGGCGAGCUGUACUUGACAUUCUGGCUCCUCUCCUCUUCUCAGAUGUACUCGGCCCUUAUCAAAUAUUCGGUCUAACAUCUUUUCUCAAGUGCUUCGCUCGUAUCAUCUGCCGGAGUCGAUCGCAAAUGUUUCAACAAAUUAGAUUAUUUCUGUCAAGAGUGUGUGUUUUGGGGGGGGCGGGGAAAGGUCGCCCUAGUGGAGAACUGUGUGCAUUUAAAGAUUUGAGAUUUAACCGUGAUGGUUUCACUCAACAAGCCUUGAACAUUGUUCUCGCUGACACUGAUUAGACUUUGACACUCGUAAAACGCUGUGCUUCACUUUGUUUCUCCGCAUCCCGCCAGUGUGUAAGCCCCAACCAUCAGCACUCUGUAAUAAGUUAUUGACUGACUGCUUUCCAGAGGUGAUGAAAAUAAACUGUUAUACCAAAA